AUGUGGACACAAGAGAUUCAGUGUAGAGGAAAUGAAUCUUUUAUAUCUUUCUGUCCAACACUGUCUUCUCUCACAUACAACUGUACCCAUGAGAAUGACAUUGGACUGUUAUGUUCUGGUUACACAGACCUCAGGGUGGUAAAUGGUUCAGACUCUUGUUCUGGAAGAGUGGAGCUUCGAUUUAUCAAUAAAUGGGGCACAGUGUGUGAUGCAUGCUGGGAUAUGAGAGCUGCCAGUGUCCUCUGUAGACAGCUGAAUUGUGGGAUUGCUGUGUCUGUUGUGGGAUCAGACUGGUUUGGAGAGGGAAGUAGUGAAAUCUGGGCUGAUGUGUUUGAUUGUGAAGGGAAUGAAAGAAAACUAGAAUGUUCCAUCUCUUCAUGGAGUCGAGCUGAAUGUUCUCAUAGACGAGAUGUUGGAGUCAUCUGCUCUAGUUCCUCUCUGGCUCUUCAUGAUGGUCUGGUGCGGUUGUCUGGAGAGAGACAGUGUGAGGGGGAGGUGGAAGUUUUCAUCCAUCAGGUCUGGAGGAGAGUUCUGCUGCACUCCUGGAGUCUCACUGAAUCCUCUGUGGUCUGCAGACAGCUGGGCUGUGGCUCUGUGCUGAACUUCAACGGCUCCUCUUCAUCCAGUCCUGAACACAGUCAUGAGUGUGUGACGGGCUUCCAGUGCUCUGGGAGUGAAGCUCAUCUGGGGAACUGCAGCUCUCCACAAACUCUCAACUGCAGCUCCACACAACAGCUGUCAAUCACCUGCCUUGGUCGUGGGUCCAUCAGGCUGGUGGGUUCUGGGGGAGACUGUGCAGGGAGGCUGGAGGUUUUUCACAGCGGCUCAUGGGGGACAGUGUGUGAUGACUCCUGGGAUAUUAAAGAUGCCCAUGUGGUGUGCAGACAGCUGCAGUGUGGAGUGGCCCUCAGUAACCAGCAGGUUCCAGCCUGGUUUGGUCCUGGUUCUGGACCCAUAUGGCUGGAUGAGGUGGAGUGUGAGGGGAAUGAGACGUCCCUGUGGAGCUGCUCUUCUUCAGACUGGGGAAAACAUGACUGUCAACACAAGGACGAUGUAGGAGUUGUGUGCUCAGAGUUUAAAGAGAUCAGGUUAACUGAGGGCUGUGAAGGGAAUGUGGAGGUUUUCUACAAUGGAUCCUGGGGAAAUUUAUGUUACAACCAGAUGGACAGAGACACAGCGAGUUUGAUCUGUCAAGAGCUGAACUGUGGAAGAUCUGGCAGUGAGCCGAGUAGUUCAGAGGGACUGAAGUCCCAUAAUUGGCUGGAUUUUUUUAAGUGUCGACGACAUGAUUCCACUUUAUGGCAGUGUCCAUCUUUACCCUGGGGACAGAAUGUCUGUGAUAAUGAAGUGGCCAAAAUCACCUGCUAG